GUCCUGUUCACUUCCACGUAUGAAGGAGACCACCAGGAGUAACAGAUGAUGGACCCUGAAGUGUCCGUGCUGCUGGACGCUGCAGCCUGGAGGGGGCUGCUGCAGUCCCAAGUGCAGGUGGAGCUCUCUGAAAGAUAUAACAGGCAGACAGAUGUGGCUCUUGAACGUCACAUAGAGGAGAUGUGGACAGAGCGGGUGUCAAAGGAGUCAUGGCUUUUCAACGGGGCCAAAUUCAGGCUGCACUCUUUCCAAUUGGCCUCUCCUAUGAAUCCCUCCUCAUCCUCAGUUUCUCCUCAAAACUCACGCUGCACUCUUUCGUCCCACGCUCCUGUCUUGGACGGUGCAGAGGACCAGGAGGGAAAAUUAGACAACAGACAAAGAGAAACUCCUCCGAACAAGUCUGUGAAUCAGACAGAAAAUGUUGAUAGUGUCACCCAACAAACCGCCAGCGCACUAAGACAAGUGUCCUCCACGUGUGACUGCAGAGCAUCUAAAGAUAAAAACACAGACGACCAGGAGGCCACGGCGCUCCUCACUCUGAGACUCGGUCUUACCUGCUACAAAGACUACCUGGGAACCAACUGGUCCUGCCGAGUGGCAGAGCUCCGUCGACGCGGCGAGGAGUUGGGCGAUCCUCUGGCGCUGCUCGCUCAGCCUCUGGGUGUGGGCGGCGUCCUGUGUACAGGUGACGGACAGGUGGUGUUGAUCAGGAGGAGUCAGAAGGUGGCAGAGGCAGGCGGGCAGCUAGACAUCCCUGGAGGUCACCCAGAGCCAAAGUUGGUGUGUGAGCGUCUGGGUCAGGCGGUGAGCGAGGAGCAGGUCAGUGUGGAGGCGCUGCAGCAGAGGCCGGACGCUGUAGUCGCUGAGCUCUUCUCGUCUGUGUGCGCCGAGAUUAGAGAUGAGGUGAAUGUUCCUCUGAGUUUCCUCGGAGAGCCAGUCCUGAUGGGCGUCGCUCUGAAUCACACCAGCGCUGGCAGACCGAGUGCUGAGUUCUACGUCAGCUGCUCACUGACAUCUGAUGAAGUUAAAAAGUUGUACUGGGAAGGAGGAGCUGAGGCCCAAGAGUCAACAGAUAUAGUCUUCAUCAGCAGGACGGAGUUGCUGCAGCUGGACAGUAGCAGCGCUCUGUGGUCGGAGCUGUGUCCUUCAGCCAAAGGAGCCGUGCUGCUGUAUCAGUCGGUGAAGCCUGACGCAGAAAGAAACCAGAGCAAACGAUCCGACGCUUAGCAGAGCACAGUGGACAACGGAUUCAGAUGAUU